UUCUCUCCUCGUUCUUCCUCGUCCUCGUUCGAUCCCUCUCCGUUCCUCCAAGCCCCUCGCGCUCACCCCCCAAAUCUACCCUCGAGGUUGCUCCUUAGCCCCUCUUGGGUCCUUAUCUUCCUUCAAAAUCCGAUCUUGGUUUGUUUUUCUCGUCGGAUCCCCGCCGCUCCGCGCUCCCACACGUGAUUCGUCCAUAAUGCUGGUCCUUGAGCUGUAGGAACGAUCCUCGACGACAUCCUCGACCGCAGCAAGCACGCAUGCAGGGGAGGAGCGUGGCUGCGUGACGAGGAGCCCUCGGCUGGCGGCGAAGGCGGAGAUGGGGACCUCGGAGACGGAGGAGGCGGAGGCGCCGACGGCCGGGCCGGCGCAGGUAGUUAGGGUGAAGCGGGAGCGUCUGGUAGCGCGAAUGACAUGCCCCAUCUGCCACAAGCUCCUCCGGGACGCCACCACCAUCUCCGAGUGCCUCCAUACGUUUUGCAGGAAGUGUAUAUAUGAGAAACUUAAUGAAGAAGAGGCAGAUUGCUGCCCUGUAUGCAAUAUUCCUCUGGGUUGUGUACCUGUAGAAAAGCUCAGAGCUGAUCACAAUCUGCAAGAUUUGAGAGCAAAGAUAUUUCCUCUCAAGAAAAAGAAGGCUGGAGCUCCUGAUACAGUUCCUUCCAUUGAACUGCCUGUUAAAAGAAAAGAAAUAUCUCUUUCUUCAUUGGUGGUGAACAGUCCUCGAAUUGCUACACAAACUGGUCUGACAGGAAGGCGAAAAAAAGUAGUUGGCAGUAGGGCUGCCACAAUUCAUGGACGGAAUCCUGCUACUGGUGAAUUCAAUAAAAAUGAGAAUGAUAUUGUUGAUAAGUCAGCCAAAAAGUCAAGCACAAAUGGGAAUCCAAGCAGGCUGAUCCCAAGCAGAAAACAGGCUUCUUCGGGUGCCGAGAUAUCCAACAACCUUGCUAAUAAAAAUAUAGAGAAUGGUGGAAAACUCCUUGUGGAUAAGGCAGAGCUUUGGAAACCCCUAAAUUGUUUGGUUGAAGCCGCAAAUAGAACAAAGUCUUUUAGGUCCAGCCCACACAAAUCUGUUAUUAAGGCAGAGGAAAAAAAUGUUUCUGAUAGUGAAGUAAAUAUUAACAAAACCAGGGUUGAGGAACAUAUUCAUAAGUCCGAAGUAAAAGAUGAGAACUUUGACAAUGUUAAAAUGCCUCCAAUGACAGCAAAGGCCAGAAGGAUAAAGGGAGUCGGCCAGAAAAGGAGGAAACUUGCGAACUCCAUUCAAAUGUUGCCUGAUGCUGCAAAUGCUCAAAGUGAUAGGAGGAUAACUCCAUUGUGGUUUUCCUUAGUUGCUUCUUUUGACCAGACAGGAGAUUCCUCAUUGCCCCAGAUAUCAACUAGUUAUUUAAGGAUAAAAGAUGGCAAUGUGCCAGUUUCAUACAUUCAAAAGUACCUCGUCGUGAAGCUUAAUCUUGUCAGUGAAGCCGAGCAAUCAUAGAAAUUUGGACAGCGUGCUUCGAAGAAAAUGCAUUUGCAGAGAGCCAUUUGCAAUAGACAAUAAAUAAUCCCUUUGAUGCAGCACAAAAAGAGAAUGAAGUAAAUCUAGUUGACUUAUAUAGUUAUGUCCAUUUUCUGCUAUCUUCAACAAAUUGUCAAGCAACUGCAGACAUUAAAAAAUAUUCUGAAUAGGAUAAAGAUAAUAGUACAAUAAACUGAAAUAUUUAGAAGUUUUCCUUUUAGCUGCAGUUUGUUCUUGGAGCCAAUUUGCAUGGUAAAUAUUUGCUGGCAGAAACAUCCAGUAUUUUUAUGGUUAGGUUAUUGAAAAAAAUCAAUUAUUUAAAGUUCCAAAAUUUGAGCUCAAAAUUGAAAAAAUGUAUUAUUUUGUUUAUGUACUUACACUUCAUGGUUGUUACAGGGGAAGCUAGAAUUGCUGGCUAUUAUUUGUUUCCUUUUGGUUUCUUUGCAUUUCUUUAUGCAAGGUUCUAAACACCACUACUAGUAUCCAUAUUGGAAUAUUGUUGAUCCGGUAUGUUUCAACAAGUAUGGUAUGUAUGCUAUGAUAUCCCUUGCUGCACAGUGAAGAAAAAAAAAACAAUAUUUAAUGUGUCAGUACAAGAGUGACACUGAUAUAUUAGACCGUUCAAUAAAAAUCUAUUCAUAGAUGGACUGCUGCAAUGAUAUCUCAUUGCAUUUAUUUACAAGGAUGGGUUCUUUUACCGAAUGUCUAAAGUCGGAAGGCAUGACUUUAUAUGAUUCUGAGCUGUUGCAAACCUUCUCUGCUUCUUUUAAGAUCAGCUGUUGAAAAUUUUCGAUAGAUACUGACAUUCUAUCUCCAUACUUGCUGCUCUAUGUUGCUGUCAGCAUACAUAGUUAAGGAUAUCACCCAGCCUGUGGUUUUAGAUAUUGCUCUUGCAUUCUAGUGCCAUCAUCUUUUCCCCUGAUUCUUCCUUUUCAUAUUUGUGUUCUAGAUCUUGUGCUUCUUAUGGAAACAUGACCUAUCAAUUUACAGUUAUGUCUAACCAAAGAUUCUUGUAAUCUUGAGAUGCUAAGUCACAUAUUUCAGUAUGUUUAUGUAAACAAAUUGUGUGCAGAAAGAAAGCACCUUGUUUCAUUUCCUCCUUGAAGAUCCCAGUCCUGGUAACUUUUGACUGCAAACAAGCAGCAUGCUUGCAUUUGAGUGAUGGUAUCGGUUCAUUUUCUAGGUGAAUUUUGAGUAACCAGCCCAUUUAUAGCCCAUAAUUAGGUGUCACUGGGCUUUACUUGUUUUCCACUUAGAUUUGUUCCUUUAUGAUUUGUUGGUAACCGAUGUUCUAUUUUAUGAUAUUCCUAUAUACAAACUGGCAAUUCAAGCUAAUUCGUCCUCAGAACAUUUUCCAAUUCCGAACUUUUUUUGACAUUCAUGUCUCAAACAUAGUGGGCGAGCUCUUUCUAUUUGCUUCAGUUCAGGUGAAGCUACUUGGUUAUUGUCACUAAUCCUUGAUUGGUGAAAUGCUCAGUCUCUGUCAAAGACAUAUGGAUGAAGAAGUAAUGAGUUUGCAGAUAAUGGAUGAAAUGGAAAAUGAGUCUUAAACUCUAUCAGUUGGUAAGGCUGAACUUGUGGACCAAAUACUCUUUGAUUAUGAAUCAUCUGGGUGAGUUAUAUCCAAUUAAAACUGAGUUGAUUUGAGGGAAUUAUAUGAAGAUGUACACACACACACUCUUCAAAUCUCUUUGAUGCACAUAUGAAUCAUCUUUUUGUUUUUAUUUUUGAUAGGUAAUCCAUAUCUCUACCUUAUCGUACUCAUUUUCCUUUUGUUAAAUGCACCUAUAUUGACAGACAUCUCUUGUAAUUACUAUGCCCAGAUAGUUUCCUUGUCUUCAACUCUCGUGU